AUGUUUCGCCACCGCGCUGCGGGGGCGCCGCGGCUAUGGGACCUCGACGUCCUGGACGCCAUGGAGCCCCUGCAAACGCUCGGGAGCGCCAAGAAGGCGAAGACCAAAGGGAAGAAGAAGACGAAGCCGCGCGCCACCAAGGCGCAUGACGCGCCUGUGAUGUGUCUGCACGGCAGCCCCUUCAACCGGAGCGUCCUGGCGAGCGGUUCUGCUGACGAGACGCUCAAGAUCUGGGACGUUGCCCAGAACGCAGUCGUGCACACUUACACGCACCACUCCAGCAAAGUCCAGUGCGUGAAAUGGCACCCCACAGAGCAGGCCGUGCUGCUCUCCGCCGCGUUCGACCAGAGACUGGCGCUCCUCGACGUGCGCCAGCCAGGCCAGGCCGCCAUGGUGGCGCUGCCAUCGGAGGCGGAGUCUGCUAUCUGGAGCAGGCACCAGCCGUUCUGGUGCUUCGCGAGCGCCGACAACGGGGCCGUCGCGUGCUACGACGUGCGGCGGGUGGUCGCCAAGGGGCCCGACGAGCAGAAGAUCCUGUGGUCCCUGCAGGCGCACGACGUAGCGUGCACCUCUGUGCAGGACUGCCCGACGAAGAACUUGCUCGUCACCGCUGGGCUUGACGGCGAGGCCAAGGUGUGGAGCCUGGCGCCCAAGGGCGCCGGGGCCGACGACAAGGUUGCAGCGCCGUCGCUGGUGUACAGCAAGAACUUGCAGGCGGGCCCGCUGUUCACGUGCAAUGCCAGCACUGAGGCUCCCGCGUUCUUCUGCUUCGGGGGCAAGUGCCCCGUGAUGUGGGACCUUUCCAGCGAGCAGAUUCUGAUAGACGCCUUCGAGCUGGAGGGCACCGCGGCGGCCGCCUGACAGCUCCGCCGGGGAGCGGUGGGAGAGGUCACCGGGGCGGCUGAGUCGGAGGCGACGAUGGGGGCGGCGCGAGAGCGCGAAGGCAUUCGCACCUCGAGCUUCGCGCGGCGCGAAGUUCGCGAAGUUGGGAGCCCUUGUUCUCACUUCCCCCGUGGGCUCGCCCUUCGACAGGCAUGCUCCUUGUCGCGAGGAAACAGAAUUGGGCGGGGGGUGCCUGCGCCGCUGUCCGUCUCUCUGGGGGCCCGCACCCGAACGAAGGAUUGCAAAAAAAAACCUUACUCGUAUGGCGCUCUCAAGCCCGUGC